CAAAUAGCACUAGACCCUACUCGUAGUGUUGUGUUCCUGCCGUGGUAUACGCCUUACGGACUCCGAUAUUCUGCUAAAUUGAGUGAUUUGCUUGCCCCCGGAUUUUGAUUAUUGCCUAACACAACGACCUGCGCUUGACCAACGGACUUGAGCAUUUCGGACGAAUGGAUUUCGUUUACUUUGUGGCCUUUUUAAAUUUGAUAUAUAUAUAUUAAGUGCGGUUACGAACAUUAUGCCUCCUUUGAAAUGUCAAUAUCAUGAUUGUGACAAUACAAACAAUACCAAGUCCAUGUUUUCCUUCCCUGUCAAUGAUGAACCUCGGUUAAAAUUAUGGAUACAACAUUCUGGUAACAUAAAUCUGACGUCUUUGACACACCAAGAAUUGAAGAGACGUUACAUUUGUGAGGAUCACUUCAAAACUGAAGAUGUAUCGAAUAAUAACUUUAGGUCCAGACUUCUACCUGCAGCUGUGCCUCUAAAGCGUAAAGCAGCCACACCAACACGUCUUGUCGAGUCUCCAGAGGUUUUAAAAAUUAAAACUCCACAAAAAUGUUACCAUCGGAAACGAAUUGACUUGCCUCCUCAACCACAAGAAAACUCCUCACCAUGCUCGUCAAUGUUAGAUGCUCCAGUGAACACCAAACAAAUUCAUAAACGUCGAAGGGUUCCAUCUGAAGGCGAAGACGAUCAGCCUGAAGUGAAGCGAUUGAAGAAGCUUGCAGUAGAAUUAAAAGCCAAGAACAGGAAGCAACAGUCACAGAUACGUCGUUUGAGUUUAAAAGCUAACAAAAAAAAGAGAAUAAUUUUGGAAUCACUUCGGUUCUCAAAUGACAUCGCAAAAACGAUGGCUAUGAUGCAAUUACGGAGGCGUCAAUCAAGACGAAAAUGGACUAAAACAGAAAGAGAACUGUGUCUUUCAAUUUAUUACAAAUCUCCUUCAGCAUAUGUUCACAUGAGACGUCAGGGGGUUAUUUUGGCAUCGCCAUCAACAAUACGAAAAUGGCUAGCUCAAACUAAUUGUCUCCCUGGAAUCCAAAAUGAUGUAUUCAAGAAUAUCGAACAACGAUUUCAAAAUGCUACGCUGUCAGAGAAAUCUUGUGUUUUGGCAUUUGACGAGAUGUCAAUAAUGAAGGACUAUACAAUGGAUGGAAAGUACCGGUAG